UAUGAUAUACCAAACUUGCAUCUUGAACUAGUCCUAUAAAUAUCAAUCAUAAGGUCUCUCUCUCCCAUUUUCUUCUUCUACAUAUUGAUCAUCAAACGAAGCUUCAAUAUGCUAUGGAGCUUCUCUUUGGAAAACCACACAAACUACACAAAAUACCAAUUUCAAUAAUUUUACUAGUAACUUUUGCCCUAAUUCUCACACUCAUUCCUCUAUGUUACCCUUCAUUAGGGCAUCCUUUGCAGAAAAAACCAAAGUCAUCAAUACCCUUUGCUUCUUUAUCUUCAUAUGAUCAUUCCAAGGGUCAUUAUGGGGAAGUGAAAAAAUGUGACUUAUUCAGAGGAGAAUGGGUAGCAAAUCCUGAAGCUCCAUACUACAAAAAUACAACAUGUUGGGCAAUUCAUGAGCAUCAGAAUUGCAUGAAAUAUGGAAGGCUUGACACUGACUUUAUGAAAUGGAAAUGGAAACCUGAUGAGUGUGAGCUGCCUGUGUUUGAUCCUUCUCAGUUUUUGGAGAUUGUUAGAGGAAAAUCUAUGGCUUUUGUUGGUGAUUCCAUUGCUAGAAACCAAAUGCAAUCCUUGAUUUGUCUUCUCUCCAGGGUGGAAUAUCCAAUUGAUGUUUCAUACACAUCAGAUGAACAAUUCAAAAGAUGGAGGUACCAAUCCUAUAAUUUUACCGUGGCAUCAUUCUGGUCACCACAUUUGGUCAAGGCAAAACAAGAAGAGCCCAAUGGGCCAACAAACACCGGCCUAUUCAAUCUUUACCUUGAUGAAUUUGAUGAAGAAUGGACGACCAAGAUCGAAGAAUUCGAUUACUUAAUCAUAAGUGCUGGCCAUUGGUUCUUUCGGCCAAGUGUCUACUACGAAAACCACCAGAUUACUGCCUGCAGAUAUUGCCAACUAGACAAUGUGACUGAUCUGCCCAUGUCUUAUGGGUACAAAAAAGCAUUUAAAACUGCUUUUAGGGCAAUUAAUAAUUUAAAAAACUACAAGGGCAUAACUUUUCUUAGGACAUUUGCACCCUCACACUUUGAAAAUGGGGAAUUCAAUAAGGGAGGUGAUUGUGUAAGAACAAGGCCCUUUAAAAGAUAUGAGACUAAAUUGGAGGGUCUAAAUUUGGAUCUUUAUAGGGCACAAUUGGAAGAAUUUAAGAUUGGUGAAAUUGAAGGGAAAAAAAGGGGGUUGAAAUUUAGGUUAAUUGACACUACAGAAGCAAUGUUGCUGAGGCCAGAUGGACAUCCUAGUAGAUUUGGGCAUGGAGCCAAUGAAAAAGUGGCGAUGUAUAAUGAUUGUGUACACUGGUGCCUACCUGGACCUAUUGACACGUGGAGUGAUUUCUUGCUUGAGAUGUUGAAGAUGGAAGGUGAUCAUGAUGAUGAGGUUUCAUAUGAAGAUCUUAGGCUCUAUUCAAGUGAUAGGAAAAUUAGAAUAAGAUAAGUUGAUUUUUUUUCUAUUUUUGUUUUUAAACUAUGUAGUUUAUUAUUUAUUAUCCUAUUUAGGUUCUGGCAUUACCGAUAUCCUUUCUAUUUCCGUCGAGAAUAUCAUCAAUAAAAGUCGCUAUCAAUUUUUUCUGAUGAAA